GGCGUGAGGCGCAGGCUGAGGCGGUCGCGGCAGCGACGGCUUGAGCGGGCUCGGCGCCGGCGGCGGCAGAAAGUAUCCCACCGGCGGGCUAUGUGAGCGUCGAGCCCUUGGCAGAAAACACUAUGAUUUUAGUUUGAAACAAAACUAAGAAAUGGGUUCCUCUUCUUCAUUCAUUCAUACUGUCUUUUGAUGGUCAUGGCAUAAAGAAUUUUAUCCCAGGAAUACAACUUUGCAUUAGCACCAAACAAGAUUUGUGAUGAAAUGGAGCCUGGAACAAACUCUUUUCGAGUAGAAUUUCCUGAUUUUUCCAGCACCAUUCUGCAAAAACUGAACCAGCAGCGCCAGCAGGGACAAUUAUGUGAUGUGUCCAUUGUUGUCCAAGGCCACAUUUUCCGAGCACACAAAGCUGUUCUUGCUGCCAGUUCCCCCUACUUUUGUGACCAGGUACUCCUGAAAAACAGCAGGAGGAUUGUUUUGCCUGAUGUGAUGAAUCCCAGAGUGUUUGAAAACAUUCUCCUGUCAAGUUAUACGGGACGUCUAGUAAUGCCUGCUCCAGAAAUUGUCAGUUACUUAACAGCAGCGAGCUUCCUCCAGAUGUGGCAUGUGGUUGACAAAUGCACUGAGGUUUUAGAAGGAAACCCUACAGUCCUUUGUCAGAAGCUAAAUCAUGGCAGUGACCACCAGUCUCCAAGCAGCAGCAAUUACAAUGGCCUGGUAGAGAGCUUUGAGCUGGGCUCCGGGGGCCACACGGAUUUUCCCAAGACCCAGGAACUGAGGGAUGGAGAGAAUGAAGAGGAGAGCACCAAAGACGAGCUGUCAUCUCAGCUCACCGAGCACGAAUACCUUCCCAGUAACUCGUCCACAGAGCACGACCGGCUGAGCACGGAGAUGGCGAGCCAGGACGGGGAGGAGGGAGCCAGCGACAGCGCCGAGUUCCACUACACCCGGCCCAUGUACAGCAAGCCCAGCAUAAUGGCUCACAAACGCUGGAUCCACGUGAAGCCCGAGCGCUUUGAGCAGGCGUGCGAGGGCAUGGAUGUGCACGCACCCUACGAUGAGCACCAGGUCACAGAGUCCAUCAACACCAUGCAGACAGAGUACUCAGUCCAGCCCUCGGGGGUAGAGGAAGACUUUCACAUUGGGGAAAAAAAAGUGGAAGCAGAGUUUGACGAACAGGCUGAUGAAAGCAAUUAUGAUGAGCAGGUGGAUUUCUAUGGUUCCUCUAUGGAAGAGUUUUCUGGAGAGCGGUCAGAUGGGAAUCUCAUCUGGCACAAACAGGAGGCAGCCCUAGCGUCAGGCUACAGUGAGAAUAUUGAGAUGGUGACAGGGAUUAAAGAGGAGGCUCCCCACCUAGGAUUCUCGGCCACCGACAAGCUGUAUCUUUGUCAGUGCGGCAAGAGCUUCACUCACAAGAGUCAGAGAGAUCGACACAUGAGCAUGCACCUCGGGCUCCGGCCUUACGGCUGUGGGGUCUGCGGUAAGAAAUUCAAAAUGAAGCAUCAUCUCGUGGGUCACAUGAAAAUUCACACAGGCAUAAAGCCAUAUGAGUGUAAUAUCUGUGCAAAGAGAUUCAUGUGGAGGGACAGUUUCCACAGGCAUGUGACUUCUUGUACCAAGUCCUAUGAAGCUGCAAAGGCUGAGCAGAAUACGACUGAAGCUUGUACCAAGUCCUACGAAGCUGCAAAGGCUGAGCAGAAUAUGACUGAGCCUUGUACCAAGUCCUACGAAGCUGCAAAGGCUGAGCAGAAUACGACUUGAGUGGCAGGCACAAAAAUAAACUGUGGUAAUUAUGCAAAUCUGGGCACAGAUGAUGCGUGCUACUUGCUAUUAUGAGAGAAGCUUAAAAAAAAGGAAGAUAUUUCUGCAAGACCAGUUCUAAGUAGGCCAAUUAAAAAAUCUGAUUCUUCAAAUUUGUAUGUUCCCGGCCUGGAGUGGGAAAAGGGGAUAAGUUCGCCCACCUCACACCUGGCAAGGUGAACCUUCAGGCCUCUUGUGAAUGAAGCUGGUGGACUAGGGGGUAGAGAUCCCUGCACUUGGAAUUGGACUCCGAUCCCCCCAGUUCCAUUUCAGGUGGCAGCGGUUUUUGAUCAGUCAUUAUUACAAGGUCAUAUUGGAAUUUUAUUUUGCUCUUUCUAUAGAUACUUAGGUAAUGUGGGUUUGUUUUGGUAGCUGCUUCACUGAAUGAAAUGCUACUUAUGUAAUAGCUACAAAUAAUGUGAUUCCUAGGAUACUAAGUUGAUUAACAGAGCUCUCUUAUCUGGUUUUGUUCUUUCUAAAGAGUAUUGUAACCGAAACUAUGGAGAUAUUAAGAGGGUGACAUUCUGAGUAAGAAAAAAAAAGUAGCUCAUGGUACAAGCUCGAUCUCUGUAAGAUGCCACUGUCACAGAGGAUUUCAGACUCUUGAUAAGUCAGAGUUUUAUAUUUUAGUACUAACAUUUAGUUUGAACAGUUGUUUCUAAUUGUAAUUCUCUAGGGUGCCAGAGAUAGGUAUUUCUAACUGGUUUGCUGUUCCAAAUCCUGUUUGUUUAAUUGUAGCAUCCACACAGUGGGAUCUGCUCUGGCUAGUAGACUUCUAGCCUGCUUUGACUCUGACCACGGUACCAUUGGCUGUUCUAGCCCAUUCACUCUGUCUUAGAUUAUGGUGCUUCCUGAAGUGGUCAGUCAAUGACCAGUUACUGGGAAGGAGCUGGAAGCCACGACUGAGAGUUACCUGUGAACUUCAGGAGCCGAUAGAGUGCUACAGCGACACUCCAACUGUCAGAAUGAGAGCCGCCGAGUAGCAGAAUUUUGAGUGUCAGGUUAUGCUUGGGGGGGACAGGGGAAACCAAUUGCUCAAGAAAAGGGGAGUUUUGAAAAUACACUGGUAGGAGAGAUACUCACAGAGGGGUACGUUGAGCUGGUCCUCCCAGCUCUUUAGGAGUGCCGGAAUGUGUUUUAAAAGAGGGAAAGAAAGAGUCCUAAUUUUAGAAAGUUGUCUGCAAAUUCCUGCUCUCAUUUAAUAGAUAAAGCUGCAUAAAUUUACAAGUCCGUAUAGCUAUACCUACCAAAAAAAAAACCAAGAAAAGUAGCUAUUCUGAGACCUUUUCUGGGGAUCAGUCAGAAGUUUGGGAUUAAAAAAGAAGCUUGUUCAGGAUGUUUUAGACUGUAACAUACCUGAAGUUGUCACCAGGGUUGGGACAGGGUGCUACUGUUAUGUUAACUUUUCUGUAAACUUCCUGGUUUAUUAUUUCUUAGUGGAAACUUUUUUUCCUGAAAACAAAAAUAACUUUUCUUGGAUUUGGAGUGAAGUUUUUGUUUUAAAAGUUGGACUUUAAAAAAUAAAUAAAUAAAAAUAAAUAAAAGUUGGGCUUUGCUCUGAAAUGAGAGACUUUGCUGGCAAUGGCCUCUGAUCCUCAAACUCCUACCAUCAAGGCAUUUAGUUGUAUGGAAAGGGGAAAGAUUUACGUACCAGUUAAUGCUUGUAAUCAAGGUUACAAAACAGGGAUCUAUUCAUUAACACUGUAUCAUUCUCGAUAUAUAAAAAGCACUUUGUAUUUAAAACUUUAUUAUAAAUAUAUAUAUAUAUUGAUUUUUUUAACAUAGAAACUAGAUAUUACCUCUUGGUUGUUUACCACGUUAAUACCCUCUUCUCUUAGUGUUGAAACUUCACCAGUUAACAGUCAUUUCUGUGUGUACCUGACAGAGUGUGUAGAGGUGACUUACAGCCAAGCUCAGUUGCUUCUCUUUUUCUCAUGUUAGAAGCAUUAGGUUUUAGGUAUGAUCCCAGCCAGUGUAUGUGAGGAAAAAUUGUUGUAUUAUUUCUACUAAUUUCAUUACUAAGGCAGUGAAACCAUUUUGUUCAGCCAAAAGCCAGUCACCCUCUCUAAUAGUAUCAGCAGACCAUUUUUGCCUGUUUGGAAGGUUUGAUGUGCUGGUUUCUAUUAAAGAUUGUACUCAAAUGAGUGUUGGAACACUUGGGAAGAAGAGUCUUGAGAGGUAAAAUAAAAAUAUUCCAGAAAAAUCUCAUGGUCCUUCAGUUACGUUGAGAUCAGCACGGCAGCCGUCGUGAGUAAUGAGGAGGACAGGACUAGUGGGCAGCUCUCUGGUGGUAGUUAUGGAAGCUGUCGGUUGUACUGGGACUUCAUGUGUUAUGAAGAGAAGCAGAUCUUCUAUUGAAAUCCUUAUGUGUACAUCUGCUACUAAAUGUAGAAUAUAAAAUAUAAGUUCCUCACACCUGCCAUUUGAAGCUUUUUAUGGUAGUGGGGUUUUUGUAAAAGUUAGAGUUGCUGAUCAGUCAACCAGACCCUGUGAGAUGAUUGGGCAUCUGAAAUGCUGGCCAUGUCCAGAGAGCCAGGGCAAGGGGAUUGCCUUAGUUUGGAUAUUGAAAGUGAAUCUUUAUAAACUUUGCUUUUAGGCUUAAGAGAUCAUACUGUAUUACUACUUUUUUUUUUUUUUCCCUCCUACCCACCCUGGGUUGGACAGAUAGUCUGUCCUUACCCUCAGUACAGCUUUAGAAAAUCUUUCUCCUUCCUGUUGAGUUUGGAGAGCAGUGGGUAACGUUUCCAAACGGUCUUUCAGGGAUCUCGUCAGUGGCCCACAGCCAAGGUGUUUGUCCCUUACUUUGAGUCUUAACUGUGGUUUCUCUCCAGUCCCAAUGGGAAAGGGCUUGCAGGCACCACCAGUGGUCUUUAGUAUUCAUACUGAUGCUGUGCCUUUCAUUUUAGAUCCACAUGUUACAGUGACCCACCUGGUUAAGUAGGUCUGACCGUCUGAGAACAGAUUGCCGUGACCUUUCUUCGGCUGUUGUGGGCUACCCUCCAGCCCCUUCUCUUGGCCGUUGGUCUCAGAGUCUGCCCGAAAGGGUCUCCUCCGCUCUAGUGGGCAUUUGCCGAACUGAACUGACCCUGUGCUGACUUCUGACUGACUGACUGGGAAAGCUGCUUAGUCUCAGCGGCAUCUUCCCACGGAGGCACACGCCUCCUCCUGAGGCUGCUGCAGACAUGAAGUUGGGGCUGAGCAGAAGCAGCAACACUGGCUUUCCCUGGGGAGGGGGGAUUUGCUGUACCACCCCCCCGCCCCGGGGCGGGAGGCCAGGGGUGGGUAGAGAGGACGCCAUCACACCAACUUCAGGGGUUUGCUUUCAUAAGGUCUCUGGAUAAUUUAGGAAUGCUGAAAACCAAGCAACAUAGACCCCACCCCUCCAGCCCUUCUGUGCCACACUAAUUUUGUGAUUUAGGUUGCUUUCAUGUGACUCACUUUGUUCAGUGAAACCAGGGUGUUUGUUUGGAUUUUUGUCUUUGCUAACUUAUGUGUUCAAAGGUACAUGUUUCUUAUUUCAGAUUUCUACUGAUAGUGCCCUAUGGGAAGAUGCUGGAACACAUUUUGCAAAUGUGACUUUUUUUUUUUUUUUUUUUAGUUUUGCUUGAAGCCUGUGUCAUAAUGUCAAUUGCUGCUGCCUUCUUUCCUUUUAUGAGGUUCCCAAUGUUUCUUCUAGAAAAUUAUUUAUGCAAGUCAGGUGACUCUUAGACCACAAAACCAUUUGACAAUAAACAGAGUGUCAUUAGGUGCAUAUCUUAUUGAUAUUUUGUGAAAUGUUAUGCCUGUGUUGCAAAAGUUGAAUAGUUUUGUCUUUAUAUACUGCUGUCUUCAGUGUACAGCAUGGUUUUACUUAAUUGAAUGUUACUGUUUAAUAUUUUCUUCUUAUAGAAGAGACCAUGCCCUUUUGUAUGACAUGUUUUAAUAAAUGUUAUCUGUCAA